GUGAAAGUGACAUUUAAGCCAUGGCUCUAUAUAUUCUAUAUCCCGCCGUAGCUGCCUUAGCUCUCUUCGUUAUUGGCGUCAUCAUUGUCAUGCUACGCUAUGGGCCGCGUCUAUGCGGGCUGCGCCAUCAUGCUCUACCCGACAAUCAUGACAUGCGGGAAAAGACCUACGAGCAUGAGAUUAGUUAUGCCUGAUCCGCCAUUUUCAUAUAAUAUUUGCAU